CGCGGGAGGCAGUACUACGACCAGACGCCAACCGGGCUAGGUGUUGUGUUUCCGCAACAGUUCCAAACCAGCACCGGACCCGGUAUUAGUUAUUUUUCGCGCACGCACACACACAUACACUCGCGGCGCGCGUUCUCGCUACCUCGACGGCUUCCGAUACCCGUCGAGUACGUUGGUGGUGGUCCCGUCGUCGCAGUCUCAUCGCAACGAGCAGCUCCGAAAUCUUAGCAGAAACACAUAAAAAACCACUUCAAACAAUUUAAAUCAUGCCUGCACCAAAAAAAUCCAAUCCAGCAAUGUCUCCAGACGGUGGUUCUGCGCAGCCAGCUGUACCAAAAACUGAACUUCAAGAACUUCAAAUGAAAGCUGGAGAAGUAACUGAUGAAUCUCUUGAGAGCACCAGAAGAAUGUUGGCUUUAUGUGAAGAGAGCAAGGAGGCCGGAAUCAGGACAUUAGUCGCACUCGAUGACCAGGGAGAACAAUUGGACAGGAUUGAAGAAGGUAUGGACCAGAUAAAUGCUGAUAUGAAAGAAGCUGAAAAGAAUCUGACUGGCAUGGAAAAAUGUUGUGGAAUAUGUGUAUUGCCUUGUAACAAGUCUGCUUCAUUUAAAGAAGAUGAAGGUACGUGGCGAGGUAAUGAUGAUGGUAAAGUGGUUAAUAAUCAACCACAGCGUGUAAUGGAUGAACGCAAUGGCAUGGGUGCCCAAGGAGGUUACAUAGCUAAGAUCACAAAUGAUGCCCGGGAAAAUGAAAUGGAGGAAAAUAUGGGUCAAGUUAAUACUAUGAUUGGCAAUCUUCGUAAUAUGGCUUUGGAUAUGGGAAGUGAAUUGGAGAACCAAAAUAGACAAGUGUCUCGAAUAAACAUGAAGGCUGGAUCUAAUGAAACAAGAAUUUCAGUGGCCAACCAGCGAGCACACGAACUGCUCAAGUAAUUUGAUGUGCAAAACAUAGUUAGUACAACUACUAUUAUACUACUACGGCUAUUGGUUUUAUUUUAUUGCUGCUGCUAUCAGAAAUAUACAUUUUUAUUUAUUU